GUGGAGACUUCCUCCAGCUUUUCAGCCAAGACCCCUGGUGGGACCCCUGGAGUUGCUGUCCAAUAGAGUAGCCACAGCCACUGAUGCUAUGAGCGCUGGGGAAGAGGCUGGUCUGAGCUGAGAUGUGCUGUAGGUCAAAUGCACAUCAGACGCUGAGACUUGUCUAGUAAAAAAUCGUUUUGGUUACUGAGACCCUCGAAUUCCCAUAUGAAUUAUAAUAGCAGCUAAUCAGUUUUUGCGGAGGAGCCCACUGGGAUUGUGAUCGAGACCACGUAGAAUAUACGGAUCACUCUGGGGAGCACUGCCAUUCCAAGAGCACUGUUUUCUGAUCCAGGAAUGUACGUGGCGUGUCUGUCCAGGUGCCCUCACAUCCAGUGGCAUCCAUCCAGACACCAACACUGACACUGGCCAUGCUCAGAACUACCUCAGCCCUGAAGACACAAGUGACAAAUAGAAGGGGGCCGCGCCCUGUUACAGCAGGUGCUCUCACUUUGUGGGUCCUUAUGUAACUGCGCGGUGUUAAUCAGGAUCGCCCGUUCUACAUUGUGUGGCGCUGCUGCGGUGUCUCCUAGUUAUUUGUUUCUGAGAAUUACGGCCUGCUGCUAGAGUGUUUGAUCAGGAUAAAUGAUUUGUUUCUAUAAGAUGCCACGUACAGUCACAAGCUCAGUGAGAAAUGGGCUGUCACCUCUUCAUCUGCAACUCAGUGCUCGACAGGACAUCGGGGCAAAGCCAGUCCGUAAUUUGUUUGUGAUGCAACUGUCCACGUGGGUCAAAUCAUGGUGCCCCUCUUAAACCUCCAAAAAAAACCAAAGUUGAUUUUCUAUUUUGCAACUUGCCAUCUCAACAUAAGUGCAGAAGAGUUAACAUCGUGAAAGAUCAGAGCCCGGAGAAUAGGCUCUCCUGGAUAUUUCAGGCUAAAGGCAACUUUCUUUUACAAAAGGAUCUGAGGAGCAGGAGCAAGGAACGCAGGGAGAGAUUCAGGAAGACAUCUGACUGUGUUAAGAGACGACAGUCACAGCCACACGGGGAGCGAGGACACUUGCAGCAAAGUAAAACGACUUCACAACUAUUGCAUCAGAGCUGCAGGUGUGAGAGAGCCUAAGCCUGUCUCAGAGUGCAGGGGACAAGUGGAAAGGAAUGUGUAAGAAUGCUGGUGACUGAGUUAGAAGCAUGCUUCGAAGCUGUCCAUGUCCUUGCCAUCCAGAAGCGGAGCCUGGGAGCUACCGAAUUUCUCCAGAAUGCGGUUUACAUUCAUCUUCGACAGCAUUCCUAGGAGAGAAUUCAGCAGUGAGCAUCCUCUCCGAGCUCUAUGAGUUGAUCGGCUUCCACCGCAAGUCAGCCUUCUUCAAGUGGGUGGCCCCCGUGCAGCGCGUGGCCCCCGGCAUCCCGGAGCCUGGCUGGAAGGCCUGCUACCGACUCCUUCUGCAGACACUUCCUGGCUACAGUCUGUCGCUGGAUCUGCAGGACUUCAGCAAAGGUGUUGGAACUAAAACAUUGCUUCAGUCCCAUUAACCAUGCCUGGUAUGGGCCCUGCUGUCCUGUCUCAUCAGGGUGAAUUCUGAUUCGUUUAGAAUAGGGCUCAGCAGACUUUUUCUGUCAAGGGCUUGGGAGUAAGUAUUUCAGGGUCUGCAAACCUCCUGAUCUCUGGUGCAGCUGCUCAGCUCUGCUGUUCAGACGCCAGAGCAUCUGGACAUUCCACACACCCACAGAGCUUUAUUAACAGCAGUGUCUGGGGCUGGAUUCAGUGUAUGAACUGCAGUUUGUCCCCACAGCCUCCUCACUAUUGACGCCUGCACCAGAGCAUGCAUUUGCGACAAUGGGUGAACCUGCACUGACACGUCAUCAUCACCCAGAGCCCAGACUUGACACUAGGAUUUACACUUGGUGGUGUGCACUCUGUGGGUUUGGACAGAUGUGCAAUGACAUGUAUCCACCGUCACAGCAUCAUACAGAGUAGUCUGUCUUAGUGACCUUAAAAUGCUCCGUGCUGCACCUCAUUCAUUGCUCCUUCCCCUCUAGCCUCUGACAGCCACUGAUCUUUUAGUCUCUGUGGUUUUCCCUUUCCCAGAACACCAUACAGUUGGAAUCAGACAGUUGCGGAACCUUCCCAGAUUGGCUUCUUUCCCUUAGUAAUAUGCAUUUAAGGUUCCUCCAUGUCUUUCCAUGCCUUGAUAACUCAUUUCAUUUUAGCACCAAAUAAUAGUCCAUUUUCUGGCUGGACCACAGUUAAUCCAUUCACCUACUGAAGAACAGCUUAGUUGCUUCUGAGUUCUGGUGAUUAUGAAUAAAGCUGCUAUUAACAUCUGUAUGCA